AAUUAUUUGAGUAAACUGUCGAAGCUAAACCGAAUCAAUCUAAACUCCAGUUCAUAUUACAGCUACUCGCCUGAAAUUUAAAUUGGUGUUGAAAAACAGGAGAUUGCACUGUUCAGCUUUAAUGCUAUUCGCUGAAGCCGUUGAUAAUAGCAAAAGUCUUGAUGUUACAUAUUGUCGCAUCAAAGAGACAGGAUCGUGUCACAUUAAUGUGUACUCGGAUACUAUUGAGAUUCAGAAUGCCAAUGAAACUCAUCAAGUGACAUUAAAUGGAUUGAAUAUAUCGUGCAUGACAUGCAAAAAUCUUUGUCAAGUUAAUGACAGAACUUUGUCGUGCAGAUUUAAUGCAUCGUAUAGCAGUCAGACCUGUGACAACAUAACUAAAUUAAGUAAAGUUAAGAGUAACCUUACUGCAGCUGAUUCGAUUCUUUGCAAAUUUUGUCAACAGAAGUUAGGAAAUAUAAAAGAUGUUACUUGUACUAAUAACUUCCAGAAAUUUAUCACUCUCGAGGAGGAAGGUUUAUGCAUUGAAGAUGGCUACUUCUGUCAUCCAACUUCUAAAAGCACUGAGGACUUGGCCUCUAACUCCGUUAAUACGCAGACUUUUCCAGUUAAUUUAUAUUUGGCUUCUCCAUCUAGCUGUUUGUUCACUGGUUUAGAACUAAUGAUAGAUCGUUCGUUGAUUGAACCACAGUCCAUUCAAUCCAAAGGGAACGAUUUCUUUCAUUGUUCUAGUUGUUUAAUGGCUUUGGGGAAAAAAGUCUUGUCUGGCUCUCAAGAAUACUUUGUAUUUUGGGCUAAUUGUUUAAGUUUACUAAUUAGAGAAAAUGAUAUUGAUGGUGAUUUUAUUGGUUACAUUGAAAAGCCAUUAAUAGCUGAUGAAAUGGAAUUUUAUAGCCUUCUAGUUGAAAAUUUAAUAAAAAAUACUCAAUAUCGUGUUAUUUUAUCAGCUAUCACGUGGGAUGGACCUUUAGACUUUAUGUUACUUUGGUUGCCUGACCAAAAAAUAAGAUUAUAUACAACUGCUUUACAAGAUUGUACGUCACCUACAAUUGAUGUAAAUGAGGGUUCAUUAGGAAAGGAUGAACAAAACACUGUACAUUCUGUGAAAAUUGAACCGAUUGCUUGUCGUCGUGUAUUUUAUCAACAACUUUUACCGAAUAAUAAUUGUUCAUCGAAUACAGCACAGUUGGUUGAUUCAUGGAGGAAAGAUUUCGGAGUCACAUUAAUACAUAUCCCGUGGGAAACGUGCAUUGGAUUCUCAGCAUGCCUAAGCCAGUUUUCUUCAAGAAUAGCACCACACACACGGAGAUUAGAUGGACCGAUGACGGGAUUCAUUUCGGGUGCAGUUCCACUGAUCCACUUACCUAACGAUUUGGCGUAAUGUUAUACUCGAAACAUGAUAAUUCUAUUUGAGUGAUAAACUGUCAACGUGAUUUUCUGCUGAUGAGAUAUGAAGAAGGAAACUUACAUGCUUUGUUAUUUCUUGUGAGAGAGAGACAAACGGAAUGUAUUUUGUAUACUUUAGUUUCAAACGUAUUGUCAAUUACCCUUACAUGUUUUUGUACUAUACACUUUCUAAGAAUGGUCAUAUUUUUCUGGGGACCAAAUAACUUAACCGUCAUCUAAGGCUUUUACAGUUUGUCCAUCUAAACAAUAUUGAUAACAGGAUGUAAGAACUGGAUGCUUUGCCAUGCCCAUCGUAAUGGAAGCUAAUCAACAAACUAUGCACAACCAAGCUGAUAUAACCAGCUGAAUAAAAUAACUAAUUUGUAAGCAUAUCCGUUUACUU